AUGGCAAAAAGUUUACCUGAUGGCAAAAAUGUCCAAUGGCAGCUUUGUCAUCCUGAGAACUGGGGCAAAAAAUGUUUCAGAUUUCAGGAGUGGGGGUUGGGGAAAGGAUGGGGUGAAAAUGCCGAGAGGUGCAAGGAGACUCUGAAUUUCCUAUCUGAAGUGCUCCAGGCAACAGAUCCUAUCAACAUGGAGAAGUUCUUCGGCAGGAUUCCAUCCAUAUUUAACAUUGUUGUCUUCUCCAUCCAUGGUUACUUUGGCCAAGAGAAGGUUCUAGGAUUGCCAGACACCGGCGGUCAGGUUGUCUACAUCCUGGACCAAGUCAGGUCCAUGGAAGAGGAGCUGGUGCAGAGGAUCAAGCAGCAGGGUUUGCACAUAACACCAAAGAUUCUUGUGCUAACAAGACUGAUACCAGAUUCCAAAGGCACGAAAUGUAAUGUGGAGCUCGAACCGGUUGAGAAUACGAAAUAUUCAAACAUACUACGUGUGCCAUUCAAGACUGAAGGCGAGAAGGAUUUGCACCAGUGGGUAUCCUGGUUUGACAUUUACCCUUACCUAGAGAGAUACACUCAGGAUGCUUCUGCCAAGAUCCUUGACAUUCUAGAGGGCAAACCAGACUUGAUCAUUGGCAACUACACCAACGGAAACUUGGUGGCGUCCCUCAUGUCGAGCAAACUAGGAGUCACACAGGUGGGAAAUGAUUGAUCAAAAAGGAUUCCUCAAGAUCUCUUUUACCAGCAAUCACAGUUGAUAUGACAUCCCAAAGUGGUCUUCCUGACAGGGAACAAUUGCACAUGCUCUCGAGAAGACAAAGUAUGAGAACUCAGAUGCUAAGUGGAGAUGAUGUAGACAACAGUUUAAUCAUUAGCACAACUGAUUCAUGAGCUGUGUCACUCUUAUUGAAAUAUAGUCACUGGCAUGAGUUUUUGAAGAUUAUGAGAAUUAUA